AUGCGCACCCUCCAAAUCGGAUACAACCAAGCACUAGCUCACCUCCGAGUCUCCCGUCCGCAGGCAAAUCCAAACGAAGGCUUCGAAUACCAACUUAGGAUCUGGCAGCAGUUAGCCUAUGAUGUCUUUGACAAUCAAGGAAGAGAGAAAGAGGGGUAUAAGAAACUCCAAGAGCUGAGAGUGAGGGUGUUGGUUGGGAAAGAGGAGGCGCUUGUUAGAGGUAGGUUUAAGGGUGUUGCUGGGUUGGCGGCGAGUGUUGGGAAGAUGAGAGGCGAGGAGGGAGAGGGGUAUGGGAAAAGUGAGGCGUGGGAGAGAGUUGAGAGGAUUGAGGAGGAGUGGCGGAAGAGGUUGAUUGGAGGGGAGAUGUCGCCUUGGAUGGAGAGAGCUGAAGAAGAGAGAAUUGAUGGAGUGGGGAAAGAGGAUGAGAAGUGA